AUGAAAAGGAAUUUGAUUGAUUCCUAUAUUGUAUCCCUAAAAACAUUUUUUUAUUAUUAUUUUUUCUUUUCUCUUUUUUCUUUUUUUUCUUUUCUCUUUUUUCUUUUCUUUUCUUUUUGUCUUUCUUUUCUUUUUGUCUUUCUUUUCUUUUUGUCUUUCUUUUCUUUUUGUCUUUCUUUUCUUUUUGUCUUUCUUUUCUUUUUGUCUUUCUUUUCUUUUUGUCUUUCUUUUCUUUUUGUCUUUCUUUUCUUUUUGUCUUUUUUUUUUUUUUUUUUUUCUUUUUGUCUUUUUCUUUUUGUCUUUCUUUUCUUUUUGUCUUUUUUUUUCUUUUGUCUUUCUUUUCUUUUUUUCUUUCUUUUCUUUUUUGUCUUUCUUUUUCUUUUUUUUUGUCUUUCUUUUGUCUUUCAUUUUCUUUUUAUCUUUCUUUUUCUUUUUUCUUUCUUUUCUCUUUCUAUUUCUUUUUUUCUUUCUUUCUUUUGUCUUUCUUUUUUCUUUUGUCUUUCUUUUUCUUUUCUUUCUUUCUUUUGUCUUUCUUUUUCUUCUUAUUUCUUUUUGUCUUUCUUUUCUUUUGUCUUUCUUUUGUCUUUCUUUUUCUUUUUUUCUUUUGUCUUUCUUUUUCUUUUCUUCUUUCUUUUCUUUUUGUCUUUUUUUUCUUUUUGUCUUUUUUUUUUUUUUGUCUUUUUUUUCUUUUUGUCUUUCUUUUUGUCUUUUUUUUUUUUUUUCUUUUUGUUAUCUUCAGAGUCUGUAGAGAUAUUCAUAAUAAAUUUCUGA